AUGGACCUGCAGAAACAAGAGCGUCUGAUUUCAAAAGAAAUCUGCCAAGUCGGUCAAACGAGUCCAAACAUGUUGGGCUGUGUUUGGGAUCUUGGUCCUGUUGGACCCAGUCUGCGCUGCCCCCUGCUGGAUGAUCCACAGCUGCCCUCAGGAGCUCUGAUAGACCAGGCCAAACACCUGGGCAACCUGGCCUUCAACAUCUGGACCAACAUGAAGGACCUGGUCUCCUACAGCCCCAUCAUCCUGGACCCAAACACUGCUGGUCCAGGUCUGGUCCUGUCUGAAGAUCUGUGCAUCAUAGACCGAGGAGAUCAGCAGCUUCCUUUUAACCCUGAGAGGUUUGGUACCUGUUCUGUUCUGGGUUCUGAAGGUUUGGAGUCUGGGGUUCACAGAUGGAUCGUGGAGGUUGGAGACAGUAAAGGCUGGAUCCUCGGUGUGUUAGCAGAGUCAGUCCAGAGGAGGGGCUACAUCGAGUCUGGAUUAUGGGAAAUAGAGUUUUUUGAAGGUAAAUACUCCGUGUUGUCUCCAGGAGCUCGUCCCUCUGAUCCAUCAUUUCAGCAGAAGCUCCAGAGGAUCAGAGUGAGUCUGGACUGGGACGGAGGGACUCUGUCCUUCUCUGAUCCUGACACAAACACACACAUACACACCUUCACACACACUUUCACUGAGAAGAUGUUUCCAUACAUCUACACUGCAGAUAAAGUCGAGAUCUCACAGAUGAAGGUCUCUGCAAUCAAAGUUCAGUUCUGA